GCCGAAACGGGGGCCCACCACGCUCAAGCCGUGGCUCCACAGCAGCCGCGGCACCAGUUGGAAUCGCGGACUGCCACAGGCAGCCCAAGAGGAAGCAGCAGGCGAGCAGAAAGUGAAGAAGGUGACAAGUCGCGAGUUCCAUCCUCCUGCGAUCCGUCGAAAGAUCGGAGAUAGAUCAGUGCGAAUCGGGAUAUUAUCGAUCGAAGAAUCGAUUAUCGGGACUAACGAAGAGGACGGAAAGGGUAUUUUGUGAAGAAAAUGAGGGUUGGUGGAAAAAUUAUCAAUUCAGGAGGAAGUAUGAUGGGGGUGGUGUUCCUGAUAAUUCUUGGAUACAGUAUAAAAGAAAUUAGUGCCCUGCGUGAUUCGUCCUGUCCAAGAAUAUGUCAACCAAACGCUUAUGGAGAUCCUGUAUGUGGAUCUGAUGGCAUCAUAUACUCAAAUAUAUGUGAAAUGAAGAAAAAGACUUGCGGAAAAGGUGUGAGCCUAUCUUCGGAUCCCGGCCUGUGCCAAAGGUCCUCCGGCUCAAGAUGCGAUCACAAGUGCGGCUCAGAAAAAGACCCUGUAUGCGGUACGGACGGCCGUACUUACUUGAACAGGUGCAUGCUGCAAGUGGAGAUAUGCAGGUUAGGAAUAGCGCUGUCCCAUCUGGGGCCCUGCAACAACAUCAGCGCUCACAGGGAGAACUGCCCUGUGGAUUGCAGACAGGCUCCGCUGGAUGGCCCCAUAUGCGGAAGUGACGGCAACGUAUAUAAAAGUACCUGUCAAAUGAAAUUGCUCACUUGCGGUCAGGGCGUGGUAAAAACCAACAAGAAAUACUGUCAGACAACCAGGCAUUGCAGAGAAUCGUGCUGGCGCAAUGCCCGACCAGCUUGCGGUUCUGAUGGCAAAAUUUACACCAACGUGUGCAAAAUGAAGUCGAAAAACUGUGGAAAGCAUGUGUUUGAGGUACCCAUGGCCUACUGCGUCGCUCAGGAGAGAACUACAAGCAGUUCAUCCUGUCCCAUGGACUGCGAAGAUGAAGUAGAGAAGCCCACUUGCGGAUCAGACGGCUACAUAUACAAGAGCGAAUGCGAGUUAAAAAUGUUAAAUUGCGGCAAUAUUAGAAGAGUAGCAAAGGUAGACUUCGAGAAAUGCAAGAAUCGCCUCAAUAAGUGUCUGAAUCUAAAAUGUUCGGAGGAUUUAGAUCCGGUAUGCGGGACGGACGCCAAAACCUACCAGAACCAAUGCCUCCUGAGCAGAGCCACCUGUUUCAAAGGCAUUCAGUUCGCGCAUUUGGGCAACUGUACCGAAUUGAAAGAGGAAGCACCUUGUCCUGGGUACUGCGAUGAACUUUUAGAUGAGGAACCUGUAUGUGGAAGCGAUGGAAAUGUAUACAGGUCGAGCUGUCAUCUGAAGAAAGAGACUUGUGGUCAGCUGGUGAUCGAAGUUCCACCUCAGCACUGUAGGACUACAGCUCUAUGUAACGAAGAUUGUUCAGAAGACCGAAACUUCGUUUGUGGAUCAGAUAACAAAAUCUACAGAAACGAAUGUGAAAUGAAAAGGGAUAACUGUGGGAAACACGUCUUCGUCGUGCCAAUGAAACGGUGCAUCUCCGGCUUUCUCUUCAAAGGCUGUCAAAAGAUCUGCCCGACCUACUACGACCCAGUUUGUGGCACCGACAACAUGACCUAUAGCAACACGUGCUUCUUGGAAAUCGAAAAUUGUAGGUCGAGGUCGCUGGUCACCAUGAAAAACAUGGGCACUUGCUCGGAACCUGUCAACGAGAUACCCAAGAACUACUUGUACUGAAGAAGGAGAGCCAGAUUUAGAUGUUUCGGUCGAUAUUUUGGUGGAAAAUUAAGCGACAGCGGUGUAAAAAGAUCGGGAUUCCAACCUGCUAUUGAAAAAAUGUUAAAAUUUCUUAUGAUCAAAAAAAAAA